AGCCACCUUUUGCUACCACCACCAACCUUACCUUACCUACCUUAAACCUCCGCGACCCUCCUGUCCCGAGGCCAACCGCGUAUAUUGUGACAGAACACAAGUCGCAACUCAACCCCCGAACCCGCACACGGCCCUUUGCAUCCCUACGAAAGCUCCGAGUCUAUACAACGACCACACCUCAUACCACACCGAGUUCCUGUCGAGAAUCAACAAACCUCUGUCAAAAUGGGCGCAAGCAUGUCAUGGCUGUCAGGCCUUGUGUGGUCGAAGAAGGAGAUUCGCAUAUUGAUCUUGGGACUGGAUAACGCUGGCAAGACGACACUUUUGUACAGACUGAAGAUUGGUGAAGUCGUCACCACGAUUCCGACGAUAGGAUUCAACGUCGAGUCCGUCACAUACAAAAACCUCAAUUUCAAUGUUUGGGAUCUAGGUGGUCAAACCAGCAUUCGCCCCUACUGGCGGUGUUACUACGCCAACACGGCGGCCGUCAUCUUCGUCGUCGACUCGACCGAUAUCGAGCGUCUGCAGACCGCGGCCGAGGAGCUGGGCGCUAUGCUCAACGAGGAGGAGCUCAAGGACGCUUCGCUCCUCGUCUUCGCCAACAAGCAGGACCAGCCUGGCGCCAAGGGCGCGGGCGAGAUUUCCGAGGCGCUGCGCCUGGGCGAGCUGCGCGACCGCAACUGGAGCAUCAUGGCCUGCUCCGCGGUCGACGGCAGCGGUGUCACGGAGGGCAUGGACUGGCUUGUCCAAACCGUCAACCAGGAGUCAUAGAUACGGAGUCUUUGGACUUUGCUGACCCCUACACGACCAACA